AAAAGAAUUAGAAAUUUCUCGCUCCCAAUUGUAUAUGCAAUCGAGAGUACCGACACAUUCAACUUCUCUACCUACCCACACACUCGCAGUCUAUCUCUGAUUCCUCUCGGCUCUCGCGAAAUCUCUAAUUCUCCAGAUUACUUGCUAUAGCUGGUUAAGUGUGUUAAAUCGGGUAUAUUUGAUCUUGUAGCGUAUUCAGUUUGGGAAUUUUUUUGGCGAGAGAAGCUGAAAAUAUGGAAUCUUCAACUGCACUGUAUACCCAACUUAAGGAAGCACAGCCGUUCUUCGUGAUGGCGGGUCCUAAUGUAAUCGAGUCGGAAGAGCAUAUUAUGAAGAUGGCUAAGCACAUAAAGGCAAUAACUACGAAACUCGGAGUGCCUCUCAUCUUUAAGUCCAGCUUCGACAAAGCGAACAGAACGUCUUCAAAAUCAUUCAGGGGUCCUGGAAUGGCUGAAGGUUUAAAAAUCCUUGAAAAAGUGAAAGUAGCUUAUGAUCUCCCUAUAGUGACUGAUGUGCAUGAAAGCAUUCAGUGUGAAUCUGUGGGUAAAGUUGCUGAUGUGAUCCAGAUCCCGGCUUUCUUAUGCCGUCAGACAGACCUCUUGGUGGCAGCAGCCAAAACAGGGAAAAUCAUUAAUAUUAAGAAAGGCCAAAUGUGUGCUACUACUGUUAUGGUGAACUCUGCUGAGAAAGUCCGAGGUGCAGGGAACCAAAAUGUGAUGGUUUGUGAGAGAGGGACUAUGUUUGGGUACAAUGACUUGAUUGUGGAUCCCCGGAAUUUGGAAUGGAUGAGAGAAGCUAAUUGCCCUGUUGUAGCUGAUAUUACACAUUCACUACAACAGCCUGCUGGGAGAAAGUUGGAUGGUGGAGGUGUUGCUAGUGGAGGGUUCCGAGAGUUAAUCCCGUGUAUUGCAAGGACAGCUGUUGCAGUCGGAGUUGAUGGAAUUUUCAUGGAGGUGCACGAUGACCCGUUAAGUGCACCAGUUGAUGGGCCCACACAAUGGCCUCUUCGUCAUUUGGAGGAGUUGCUUGAGGAGCUGAUUGCUAUUGCUAAAGUAAGCAAGGGGAAACAACAGUUUGCCAUCGAUCUGACUCCAUUUCGCGAUUAGGGACACCUUUUGAGUAUUGGUAUGUAACCUUAGCUCAUCCUUUCAUUUUCUAUGUAGAAUUGAGAUUGUCCAAAUGCUAUUCUAUAAAGUCUGGUAAGUGGUAACCAAAUUAAGCUAUCAUUUGUUGAGAGCUUUACUCGCUUCAUGGACUUUGAAAUUGAUUUGUUGCUUGAAAUUUAUUACUAGUACUGGGUAACUGUUUGAGAGGAUAGUCUCUUAGGAUUAUCGGUGAAGGCCAAACUAUGUAUUACUAUAAUGUACUUAUCAAUGAAGUGUUGUUUAUCUAGCA